AUGGCGAUCGAGGAGCAUUAUGAUCUUUCUGGCCUGACCGCGAAAACCGUGGAAUCAAUUGGUGCAUACCAAACGGCCAAAACCGAACAGGCACGACUGGACGCCGUUGAAAGUACUACGAGACUUCUUCGAGCUCUAGAAAAUCCAGCAGAUGCAGUCUACAAACUGUUCGCUUCGCCAGCCGUGCCCAUGGCCGUCAAGACUGCCCAUGACCUGGGUGUCUUCGCGCGGUUAUCCCAAACCGCCUCUUCUGUCACCUGCAAAGAGCUGGCUGCAGAGAGGAGCGCUGACAUCCAGCUUGUAGAGCGGAUCAUGCGAGUUCUUGUUUGCAACGGUUUCGCCAGUGAAGUGAAUCCCGGUCAAUAUCAGCCAACUGCCCUGUCAAGGCAAAUGACGGAGAGGAAAACGAUUGGGACAAUGGACUCGCUUUUCGUCGACUUUUUACCCAUCAUCCAAAAAACACCGGAGUUCCUUCAAAAGUCCGCGUACAAAAAUCCAGGGGAUCCCAAGGAUGGGCCAUUCCAACAUGCAUAUAAUACCACCGGUACCUGUUGGGACUGGCUGGCUGAGAACCCGGACGCACUCGACCGCUUCAAUACCUUCAUGGAGGGCGGCCGAGACGAGACUGCCCAUUGGGCUGACUGGUUUCCUGUUCAGAAGCAGUUGCUGGAUGGAGCAUUAUCCGACCGUCCGCUGCUUGUUGACAUCGGCGGGGGGCGUGGUCAUGAUAUUGCUGGAUUCAAGGAGAAAUUCCCAUCGGGGCCUGGUCAGCUUGUACUGGAGGAUUUGCCGUCGGUCAUCAAGGACAUUCAACAGCUUGAUCCUGAUAUUCAGCGAGUCGAGCAUGACUUUUUCCAGCCUCAACCUGUUAAAGGGGCUCGUGCAUACUACUUCAAGCACAUUAUGCAUGACUGGUCCGAUGAUCGUUGCCGGACCAUUUUGAAACAUACGAUCGCUAGUAUGGAUAAGGGAUAUUCCAAAGUUCUGAUCGAGGAUUACGUCGUUCCUGACCAAAAUGCCGGACUAAAGGAGGCCUUGACCGAUAUAAUCGUCAUGGCAUGGUGCCCAGGAAUUGAGCGGACUCGACAGGGAUGGAUAGAUCUUCUGCAGUCAGUGGGAUUAGUGGCGAAGAACUUCUGGCUGCCUCAGGGGCAAGCGAAAGGCAUUAUCGAAGCCGAACUGCAGUAG